AGCUGACGCAACUGAGAUGUUUGAGAAUGCUGGUGUAAAGAUUCUGACUGAUGCAUACAUUCAUAAAGAACAAGAUGAUUAUCAUAUGUUUCGUGAUAAUGCACCUGUUAUGGCCAUGGAUGGUGGAGCCCGGCCAUUACUCCCCAAUCCAAUUUUACGGAAUAAAAGUGCCAAAAAAUUACCAGCUAUACCAGAGAAUUCUGAAUCUGCAGUUGAGCCACCACAUAUCAGAACUGUAUUCCCUGAUACAUGGAUAUGGUUGUCCAAUCAAACUGGGUAUGAGAAAUGUUCAGUUGUGUGCUACCUUUGUCCACUGGGAUUGUGUUAAGGGUUGGUUUAAGUAGGGUGUAUUGAGGUGUUUUUUGGAAUAUUAUGAAUUUAUUUUAUAUUAUUUUCAAGUUCCAUUAAACAUGAUUUGCAAAAUUACAACCAUUGUGUUUAUGUACUUAGGGCAUGAUAUUUAUUUGGUUGCCUUGAAGGUUUAAGGGUGUAUGUUAUAUAUUUGAGUAUGGGUUUGAGGUGUGUCAUUGGAUGGAGAAUGGGGAAGUAUGAAGCCAUUAAACACCUUCUCCUUUCUUUAUUCUACUAACAUACAUGUACGUGUAGCGUGUAGCAGCUAUGUUGCAACAAUAUUGUAAAUUUUGAGUUAGUAUUUUCUUGAGUUGAUACUUGAAUAAACCAUUUCAAUUAUUAUAGGUAACUAUAUGUGAAUUUUGAGGGUUUUUGAGAGUUAGGAAG